UGACAUCUUUUGCAAUCUAAGCUCUAGAUCUUUUGCAACUUAUAGACUGAGCCAUGUUCAACCCCAAGAAGUUCAUAGAGAUGGUGGGGAAGGGGCAGAAGGUAGCUGCCGUUGGCAGGAGAAGAAUUUCAUUUUCAGGAACUGAUGGUGAAGCAGAUUCAAGUGGGUGCACCACAUCGGUGGCCGAUAAGGGUCACUUCGUUUUCUAUAGCACAGACCGAAGGCGUUUUGUAGUCCCUUUGGCAUAUCUCAACAGCACCAUCUUCAAAGAGCUCUUUAGAAUGUCUGAAGAUAUAUUUGGGUUACCAUGUAAGGGGCCUAUCACAUUCCCAUGCGACGCAAUCUACAUGGAGUACAUUGUCUCGAUAAUCCAAAGAAGCGUGUCCCAAGAUAUAGAGAGGGCUUUGCUUGUUUCCAUAAGCCCCGAGCGGUGCUCAAGAUCUUCUGUAUGGCACGAAGGAAUGACCAAUCAAAAGAUAGAUCUUCAUUGCUUUUGAUGGAGCCAAACGACUAGUUCCACCAAAUUGUAGCCUCUUUCAGAAUUUUCAUG